AUGAGAAGGCUGCAUGCCAGCAGUGGGGUGAGGACGACGCUGGUCCAUCAAUCACAUCACGGAGGGCGCUGCACGGUGGGGCAGCCAACACGUCUGUCCUCCUACAGCACCCAGCUGCCAAGGGGCGAGGCGUCACGACUACCGCGCAUACAGUGGGGUAGGUUGGCCCUGCGCGCUGGCACGGUGGCCACGCUUGGCGGCGCGACUUGGGCGGGCGUGGCAGACACGGAUUGGGAGCCGCGAUUACUGAGGCAGGCUCGCUGGAAUGCCAACGUGGUCAUGCGCAACACUCGCGCGCUGUGCACCAUGGCCACCAUAGCCGCGGACUACAAGUACACCUGGUGGCGUUAUAACGAAGAGACUGAUCCCGAGUUGUUCAAAGAAAAGACGGCGGAGGUGCACCAGAGGUCUGCGGAUAGGAUGCUGUGGCUGUGUUUCCAGAACAAGGGGCUGUACAUCAAGGUCGGCCAGUACCUCUCCACCCUUCAUCACGCCAUUCCCCACGAGUACCUGCAGACCCUCAAGGCACGCCUUCCCUUUGAUGCGCAUUGCAUGGCACUGCUCUGCACUGAGUGCAUGGUUCUGCAAGACCACGCCCCGACCAUGGACUACACGAUCGUGCAGAGGAUCAUUGAAGAGGACCUGGGCGCCAAGCCCGAGCAACUCUUCCGCGAGUUCGACAAGAUCCCUCUUGCCGCUGCUUCCCUGGCUCAGGUCCACCAUGCUGUGGCGCACGAUGGACGAGAGCUGGCCGUGAAGAUACAAUAUCCGACCUUGCGCGAUGAGUUCAGCGGAGACAUGUUCACGCAUUGGCUGGUCCUCAACAUGGCCGACAUGCUCUUUGACCAUUUUGACCUGGCGUGGAUGCACGACGAGCUGGAGCAAAACCUUGUCAAGGAGCUGGACUUCGAGAACGAAGCACGGAACUCUGAGCGAUGCGCGCACAACUUCAGGGGCAAGACAAACAUCUACGUGCCCAAGGUCGAGUGGCCGCUCACCACCAAGCGAGUGCUGACGAUGGAGUUCAUUCACGGGCUCAAAAUCAACGACACGAACGGCCUCAAGAAGCAGGGCAUCGACGUCAAAGACGCCGCCGGCCUGGCCAUUGAGGCGCUGGCCGAGCAGAUCUACUUGCACGGGUUUGUGCACUGCGACCCGCACCCGGGCAACAUAUUCGUGAGGUGGGUGGACCACGGCAAGGUCGAACAGGAGCGACAUGGUGGCGUGUGGGACGCCCUGCGCAGUUUUGUACAGCUAUUUUGGAAGAGGAGCGAGACGAAGUCGAGGGAGCUCCAGGUCGUGCUGCUCGACCACGGACUCUACCGCGAGAUGGAAGAGGAGGUCCGCAUCAAUUACUGCCAGCUGUGGAAGAACCUCAUCAUUCGCGACGACGACAAGGUCAAAGAGUAUUGUAAAAAGCUGGGCGUUGACGAUGACUGGGAUAUGUUCUCGCUGAUCGUGCUGAUGCGUCCCUACAACCAUUCCACCCUGCCGGGCGUACAAGGCUUGGCACAACUUGACCUCGAGCGGGUGAGAGCCGAGUUUCAGGCCAAGAUCAAGGUGAUGAUGACCCUCAUGCGGCAGAUGCCCAGGGAGCUACUGCUCGUGUUCCGCAACCAAAACUAUCUGCGGGCGUUGAACAAGGAGCUGGGCGACCCGGUGAAUCGCUUCACGAUCAUGGCCCGGGUGGCGGUGAAGGGCAUCAGCCACGUGCCCGACGCGGUGCACAUCCACUCCCCCAACGAGCUGGUGGACACGCAGCUCAGGCAGCUGGACGCGCACGGCCUGCACGAGCAGUGGCUGCUGAUCAAGGAGCUCCGCAACAAGGUCUCCUUCGAGCUGCACCUGCAGCUCAACGAGUGGAUCUACUGGCUGGCCAAGGUGUGGUUCCUCCUCCUCGGCGUCUCCGUCGAAGACGAGCUCCUCGACAAGGAGUUCUGA